GAGUGAAGGAGGGGAGGAAAAAGGCGGGAAAACUGAGGGCGCCAGAGACCUCGACGCAGGGUUGUGAAUUGGGAAGACGAGGAUAAGGAAGCCAACUGUAUUCCAGGGUUCCUCAGCCCCGGAAUUCCUUGCCCACACUGCUGCCACCUCUGGGCUUCUUUUCUCCCCGGGGUCUCCCUCACUUCUCCCAAAUGACAGAAAUAGAGGCGGGCAGAGCCUCUGACAACACGACUUCCCUCAACAUGGCAUGCAAGACCCCUCAGGGGCAAGCGGCUGGAACGAUCCCCACCGAACCCCAGAUCUCACCGCCCACUCAGGGGCAUUUUGGACUAGAGGAAGAGGAGGAGAGAGCAGAGACACACCUGAGCAUGGUGUGGCAUGCGGGACACCUGGGCAUCGCCUACUACGACACGGGUGACUCCACCAUCUACUUUAUGCCAGAUGCCCCCGACCAUGAAAAUCUCCGACUCCUCCAGAGAGUCGUGGACGAGAUCGGGCCUCGGUCCAUCGUGACCAGCAUGAAGCGAGAUGAGAACAUGACUCGGUUCCUGGAAGGAUUGGCCUCCACAGGUUCCGGCAACAACGAAGUGAUGGGAAGACCUGAAGUAGUCCUGUUUCCCAGUGUGGAUUUCGGCCUGGAGAUCAGCAAACAGCGCCUGCUCUCUAGAUCCUUCUCCUUCAUCCCGGAACCCAUGAGCCCCACAGAAAAGAUUCUCUUCCUCUCGUCCAUCGUGCCGUUCGACUGUCCCCUGACAGUCCGUGCUCUCGGGGGAUUGCUAAAGUUCCUGGAACAGAAGAGAAUAGGGGUGGAGCUGGAAGAAAGCAGCGUGGCCGUCCCCAUCCUCGGCUUCAAGAAGUUUGUCCUGACAAAUCUAGUGAGCGUGGAUCAGGACACCUACUGUGUGCUGCAGAUAUUCAAGAGUGAGGCCCAUCCAUCAGUAUACAAGCUGGCCACAGGCCUGAAGGAGGGACUCAGUCUGUUUGGACUCCUGAACAGGUGCCGCUGCAAGUGGGGAGAAAAGCAGCUCAGGCUGUGGCUGAUGCGCCCGACCCGGGACCUGAGUGAGCUGAACGCCCGGCUGGACGUGAUCCAGUUCUUUCUGCAGCCCCGGAACUUGGAGACGGCCCAGGCGCUCCAUGGCCUGCUGGGAAACAUCAAGAACGUGCCCCUGAUCCUCAGACGGAUGACACUGUCUCACACCAAGGCCAGCGACUGGCAGGUCCUGUACAAGACGGUGUACAGUGCUCUGGGCCUGCGGGACACUUGCCGGGCGCUGCCUGGCUCCAUCCGCCUCUUCCGAGACGUGGCCCAGGAAUUCACCGACGACCUGCACCACAUCGCCAGGCUCGUCAGUAAAGUGGUGGACUUUGAGGGCAGCUUGGCUGAAAACCGCUUCAUCGUGAGGCCCAAUGUGGAUCCCGCCAUUGACGAGAAGAAGAGGAAGCUGAUGGGACUCUCGGAUUUCCUGACGGAGGUGGCCCGGAAGGAACUGGAGACGCUGGACAACCGGGUCCCCUCCUGCAGCGUCCUCUACAUCCCCCUGAUCGGCUUCCUUCUCUCCAUUCCCCGCCUGCCCUUCAUGGUGGACCAGAGCGACUUUGAGAUCGAGGGACUGGACUUCAUGUUCCUGUCGGAAGAGAAACUGCACUACCGUAGUGCGAGGACGAAGGAACUGGAUGGGAUGCUGGGCGACCUGCACUGCGAGAUCAGAGACCAGGAGAUGCUGCUGAUGCACGAGCUGCAGUGCCAGGUGCUGUCCCGGGGAGGGACCCUCGGCCGGGUGCUGGACUUGGCGGCUCAGCUGGACGCGCUGCUGGCCCUGGCCGGGGCCGCCCGGGACCACGGCUACUCCCGCCCCCGAUACUCUAACCGCGGCGGCGUACGCAUCAAGGACGGCAGGCACCCCCUGAUGGAGCUCUGCGCCCGGUCUUUCGUGCCCAACUCGGUGGAGAGCGACGGAGACCUCGGGAGGGUCAAGGUCCUCACCGGGCCCAAUUCCUCCGGGAAGAGCAUCUACCUGAAGCAGGUCGGGCUGAUCACGUUCAUGGCGCUGGUGGGCAGCUUCGUGCCAGCGGCGGAAGCGCUCAUCGGGCCGGUGGACGCCGUCUUCACCCGCAUGCACAGCCGCGAGUCCGUGUCCCUCGGCCUCUCCACCUUCAUGAUCGACCUCAACCAGGUGGCGAAAGCCGUGAACAACGCCACGGAGCACUCGCUGGUCCUCAUCGACGAGUUCGGCAAGGGCACCAACGCGGUGGACGGGCUGGCCCUGCUGGCGGCGGUGCUCAGACACUGGGUGGCCCGAGGCCCCUCCUGCCCCGAGGUGUUCAUCGCCACCAAUUUCCUGAGCCUCGUUCAGCUGCGGCUGCUGCCGCCCAAACCCCUGGUGCAGUACCUGACCAUGGAAACCUGUGAGGAUGGGGAAGAACUCGUCUUCUUCUAUCAAGUCCGCGAAGGCGUGGCCGGCGCCAGCCACGCGUCCCGUACGGCGGCCCUGGCCGGGCUGCCCGCCAAGCUCAUUGCCCGUGGAGAGGAGGUGUCGGAGCUGAUCUGUAGCGGGAAACCCAUCAGACCCCUCAACCCCCCAAACAAGGAAGAUCAGAUGGACAAGUGCCAGGCCUUGGUCGACAAGUUCCUGACCCUCGACCUGGACGAUCCCGACUUGGACCUGAAUGGCUUCCUGAGUCAGGAAGUGCUGCCGGUGGCCUCUUCCGUCCUCUGAGCGACUGCUCCCGCCGCCCCCCACCUCCUUCCCCUCCUCGAGUCUCUGGAACCCCCGAAGGUCUUGAGAACGAGAUGUCUGAGAGCGUCCUCGGACAAUUCACCAAAACCAGCCCUGAGGCAGGAGGGCCCAGGAGGCUGACGGCCACCGGCAGCUCCCAGGGGGUAAAGCGGCCUCAGUCAGACGCCCCUUGGCACUGCCAGUCGUCGGCCAUUUCCAUCCCACCGCUCAGGCAGCGAGGCGAAUUCCAGUUUGCCCCCGUCCUGCCCCAGCACUCGCUGCUCCGGAUCCUGGGACCUCAGAGCCCGGGGGCGGGGGUGGGGGCGUCCCAAGGUGGAGGCUCGGAAACCUAGGGAUCCCCUCUCCCUCCCCGCAAGCUCUCAGACAAGAGACUCAGCGCUGCCCGCUCUUUUGGAAACCCUUCUUCACCGCUUUAUUUCCCAUCCCACCCACCCAGAGUGGAGGGGGUGGAGGGAGCUUGGGCAAACGUCCCUGCCCUUCUUUCUUUAGAAAAAUAAAGUGCUGAAAUGUCUGCAGCAAAAAUAAAAAUCU